CGACACGACAAAAGACCGCAACCGGCGCAAGCUAUAUAUUUGUAAACAACACGAGUAUGAGGGGAAGGUGACAAGGAAUUCGACUAGCUUCCACUGAAAACAUGCAAGAAACGGAAGACCAAGGCACUGACGAGGGAGGAGCGAAUUGGUUUUCUGGCUGGUUCAGUUGGUGUCCAACCUCUGAGAAAUUGCUGGAAAUCGCCGAGUCUCAAAUAUUAGAAAAAACUCGAUCGGCUUAUGAAAGUGAAUUUGUGCCUUUGGGAAAUGGACACAGGAUAUGGACGUUAAGAUUCAAUCCAAGGGCUCAGAGAGUGCCGCUAGUCUUGAUUCAUGGGUUUGGAGGAGGUGUGGGUCUGUGGGCGAUGAAUGUCGACACCCUUUCUCAGAAUAGGACUGUGUAUGCUUUCGACAUGUUGGGAUUUGGCCGCAGCUCGCGACCACAGCUAAGCACAGAUCCAGGCGAAGCCGAAGAGCAGUUUGUGGACUCCAUUGAGAAAUGGCGGGAACAGAUCGGACUGGACAAAUUUGUUCUCUUAGGUCACAGCCUUGGUGGCUUCUUAGCAAGUUCCUAUGCCCUCAAGUACCCCUCCAGAAUCCAGCAUCUGAUUCUAGCUGAUCCUUGGGGAUUCCCUGUUAAACCCACUGAAGAUAAUAUAAAUAGACAUAUUCCAGUGUGGGUUAAGUUUUUAGGAGCUGUUUUAAGCCCUUUUAAUCCACUGGCAGGAUUGCGUGCCGCUGGUCCUUGGGGUCCUUCACUGGUGCGCCAAUUCAGGCCUGACUUUCAAAGAAAGUUUUCCAGUAUGCUUUCAGAUGAUACUAUUUUUAACUACAUUUACCAUUGCAAUGCCCAAGUACCAAGUGGGGAAACAGCUUUCAAGAAUAUGACCAUUCCAUACGGCUGGGCUAGACAUCCUAUGAUUUACAGAAUUGGCAGUGUGGACAAAAAUAUACCCAUUACUAUGAUAUAUGGAUCACGAUCGUGGAUCGAUCACAGCACAGGGAAAGAAACCAAGGAAAGGCGCAGGGGAUGUUAUGUUGAUGUUCAAGUUAUUACAGGUGCUGGGCACCAUGUUUAUGUAGACCAGCCGAACAAGUUUAAUGAGUUGGUUGAGCAAGUAUGUCAAAGUGUUGAUGGUGAUGACAAUGAAGGCGAUAAUAUGUAAUGAUUGAUGUUAACCUGGCCAUUAGCAUCUGUGGUUGACUACCAUUUUAGUUGUGUUACGCCUUUACCAGUAACUUUCACAAAGUGCAGAUUUUCAGGGGAAGGGGAACGUGAUAUUUACUGGAGUUAAGGAGAUAUAAGGGUGAGGUCAUUGCAUUCUCUAUUUAAGAAUUUGGGCACAGGGCUUAUUAUGUAUCUCUGGAAAAUAAUUUACUGAUUACAAUUUGUUUCAGAAGCAGGUCAGAGAUUACAUUACUGGUAUGUAGUUAUAAAUAAUGUUAUUCUGCAAAACAAUGCCAAAAAACGAAAUUGGAAAUAAUUCUUUUCUUUAGACCAAAUUCUGGUGAGUAAAUAUUGUACAUAUCAUGAGCCAUUUGCUUUGUAGCAAUUAUAGCAAUUUUAAAAUUACACUUUUGAAAGAAAAUAAGUUCUCUUUUGACACAGUUUUAUGACUAUAGUUUUGUUAAUUCCAAUUCUAGCUACAUGUAAUUGCUUCCGGUCAAAAGCAGUGCUCAUUGGAAUAACUAUUAUUAUUAUUUUAAUUGCACUAGUUUGAAUUCUACAAAUUUUGAUUGAUGUUUGUUGUAACACACUGUGCAUCGUAUUAGACAAAAUAAUGUAUUUAGAUUUGCUAUUUAUUACUACAUUGUUAUAGUUAAUAUAGGAUCGAUUCAAAUUUCCUGAGAUGACAAACUAUGUUAAUUAAAACAAUUUUAACACAAUAUUGUCACUUUGUAGACUAGGUAAUGAAAUAAUCACAAGGGAAAAAACUGCAUGGAGCUACAAGUAAAAUCACAUGUUUUCAGAAAUUUGCAUAAUAUUUAAUUGCCCAUGUUGUGUUGUAAUAGGAUGAAAUCUAUAACAUAAACACAUUUCAUAUUAGGGAAUUUAUUGAGCAUACUUCUUAUUUUUUAAUGCUAAAAAUGUACAUAAAUUAUAUUCAAGGUUAAACAAUAUCUACAGGUUAAUUUAAGCAUCAUUUGUGUAACUUCUCUAUAAAAAAGUUGAAAAGUAAAGAAUGGUUGUUAUGUUGGCCA